AUGCACAAUGAGUUUGGGUAUUUUUGCGCAAGUGAUAGAGUGAAGGUCGAGAAGGACCAGUCCAACGAAUUCUCGAAGAGCAUGUGGAGCGUCUUUUACACCUCCUGGAGGAUGGAAGACUUUACGAGAUUGGAUUUUAAAAGUGUGUUGAACAUCCUCAAAAGAAACCCGUACGUGAUGGGGUGUGUGUAUUUCCUCAUCAUUUUCACGUGUGUUUAUCUGUUAACUUUAUUGCUGUAUACCAAAUGCGUUCGGAGAUUGAUUAAAGCCAUUCGUUGCAAAACGUGCAGAAGGAAGAAACAUAAACGAGAACAACAGGAGAGUGAAAAUAAAGAUAUAUUUGAAAAUGUGAAGAAGCGCUUCUUUAACAUUAUGACAUACGUGUUUUUGAGUUCCCUGCUGUGUGUUUUGCUUAGUUUGGGUAUCUGGUUUUUGAUUUCAUUUUUCAAGACGAGGAAUGGGAUUUACAUGAAUGUGUGCAGUGUGUCUACCACGAUUGAGAGCUUCCUGACGGACCGCUGUUCCGUGCAGGGUACUGGAGUGGACUCGUCCUGCUAUUCCCUGGAGCACAUCGUGGGUGACGCGGUUUCCAUCGUGGGGCAGUAUCAGGACAUCAAGCUGCAGAUAAAGACGGACAUGCUGGUGGACGAGGACAAGCCGAUUCCGCUCCUCACAGCCUUCCUCACCGCGUUUGAGAACCUGAAGAAGCUGCAACAAAACGUGACGCGCAACAACCAAAUCCUGGAGGAUCAGUACUUCCACACGUACCCAGUACUGACGAGGCUAGCGAGAGCUCUAGACGUAGUCAUCGAAGAUGGAGAGGUGAAUCUGCGGCAUGCGCAAGAUACCCUAGAUGACGCAAAGGAAGCAGUGAAAGGAUCCUUCGAAGAAAUUGACCAAGUUUUAGGAAAAACAUUUAGAGAAAAUAUGGACAAGGUAAAUGAAAACAUAACCCUUUUCAAUAAAGCUAUGAACAAGAUAGUACACCAGUAUAGAAUAAAACAAAACAUAAAAAAAUAUACAAUAUCGAUCCUUAUUGUAAAAAUGGUGUUACUCAUUCCUCCAAUUCUCAUUCUGGUGGGACUCAUUCUGUUCAUAUACUUUUUGGUAAAAGGAGACAUAGGAAAUAGUAGUCAUUUUUUUCUAGAUCUCUUUGGAGUAUUCAGUGCCUACUUUGGUUUCCUCACUAUUGUGAUUUUGAUCAUAGGGAUAGCAUUACUUAGUGCAUCGAUUUUGGGAGGAACCACCUGCAUCAUAGCAGAUAGGGUUUUAAAAAAUGAGCUUAAUUUUGAUGUCUUGAAAGACACCACAAUUGAUUAUUGCCUGAAGAAUGAAAAGUCACCACUCAUACCGGAGGAUAUCACUAAAGGGAUUGUAGAUAAUAUGAAAUUUCUUGACACGAGCGAAAUGGAAAGGAGAGUAAAUGAAUUCGAUUCCUAUUUUAAGGAAAUGAAGAAAACAUUUCAAGAAAAUACAAGAAAUUUUGUUAACUACAUGUGGGUGGUUAUUACCAAGCCGAACAACAACAUAUAUGUUAAUCGUAUCCGAUUAGAAACUCUUAGGCAGGCCCUGUUGGCAACCAGUAUCACUCGGGAUAACAUAAAAUUCGGACAGUUCAAUCUAUGGGGAACAGAUGAAUAUUUUGAAAAAUUGAAUCACUUGAGCCAUCAGGUUGGGCUACAGGUCAGGCUACAGGUCAGGCUACAAGGUCAAGCUAUAACGUGA